AUGGUUGGCCUUUCGAUGAACCGUAGGAGAGGUCCUCCUCCCAAACUUCGGCUCGACAUUCCUCAAGACCAAGAUCAAGUCCAAGAUCCAGAGAAACAUCAAGAGCGAGCCGUGAAGUCGCCAGGACCUCUGACUCCGAACAGACCUCUCAUAGGCUCUGAAAUUCCUAUGCUCCCAGCUCCUGAGCGAACCACCACAACAUCUACUCAUGUUCCUCUUCCAUCCAAUGGUCCAGCGGAUACGCUUCCUCAGAUCCCAACGACCACUCAGCCUGCGGUAUUACCCUCAUCGAGCGCACCACCAAGGGCUAUUACUCCUCCUUCAACGCCAAUCUCUAGCGCACCCCCAAAGUCACCAACUCUUCGCCCAAGCGUGUCGAUAUCAAAAACUACAGUGUUCAUCACAACAACGAAACCUCAAAUCUCAGUCAUCCCAAGCCCCACAAACACAGUAUUUGUCACCGCUGCGCCCCAGACGAUUACAGUGACUGCACCAUCUGUCCCUUUACCGUCAAAUGACCUGAACGGCGACAGUGGAAGCAAGCCCCAACCUCAACCUCAACCAUCAGCCAUCGGCUCAACGCAAGGCGCUUCCUUCACCAGUGGUUCUGGUGUUGCCGUCCUUGGGGUACUCGGGGGCAUCGCGGCGGCAUCUAUUCUAGCAAUGGCUGGAUUGAUAUUCUGGCGCAAGCGGAAGAACCGGAACAGCAUGGGCUCGGGAGGGAUAUUGACCGGAAAGUCGCAAUAG